AUGAUUAUUAAUACCGUCGAGUUAAGGCAGAUUAAGCCAAUAAAUUUAUGUGUUUGUGAUGAUUUUAAAACAGUUAAAGUGAAAUUGAAACAAGGUGAAUUGUCAGGAAAGGAAGAAUUUACAUAUAUUAAAGAACAAAAAUUUUAUUCAUUUAACGGAAUACCUUAUGCUGAGCCACCUGUAGGAGAAUUGAGAUUCAAGCCUCCCGUCUCUCAUAAUGGAUGGGAGAAUAUUUAUGAAGCCCAUACCAACAAACCAACAUGCAUCCAAUACAACUCAAAAAUGCGAAUAGGUGAUAUUGGGAUGUCCGGCUCUGAAGACUGCCUUUACAUCAGCGUUUUCACACCGAAUUUAGAAGGAUCAGCGCCCGUUAUAGUCUUCGAUUAUAACGACAAUUUCGGAGCAAGUUUUAACGGUACAGAGACCUACUCUCCAGAUUUUUUUAUAGAAGAAAAUAUUGUUAUUGUUACCAUUAGCCACCGGCUUGGAUUACUAGGAUACUUAUCAACAGGAGAUGAUGUAAUACCGGGGAAUGCGGGGUUAAGAGAUUUUAUAAUGGGUUUAAAUUGGAUACAGAACAAUAUCCAUGAAUUUGGUGGUGAUCCAAAUAGUGUAACAUUAAUGGGAAAUAGAGGUGGAGCAGUAAUCACAGAUAUUCUACUUCAUUCCCCAAAAGCCAAGAAACUUUUUAGUGGUGUUAUAAUGCAAAGUGGAACAGCUUUAGAACCUUUGUUUUUAAGUGACCAAUAUCGCGAACGUGCCUUCGACCUCGGUAACGUAUUAAAUAUUACAGCAAAUGAUAGUGAAACACUACUUAAAGGACUUCAAAAUGUUGAUGUUGAACUUAUGUACAGUAAGGAAAGCGAUGUUAUACAACGCUCAGACGAAGACUUACAAAAAACUAUGUUUACUUUCUCUCCUAUAAUAGAAAAUGAUAACCCAGAUGCAAUUCUUACUACAUUACCAGAUAAUAGUAAAAUUGUAAACGAUGUCCCUAUUAUGAUUGGUAUGAAUUCUAGAGAAGGACUAGACUUAGCUUCGCAUUUUAUACAUGAACCAAAUUUAGUUGCAGAAUUAGCGCAAGAAUUUCUAUUCUUAUUUCCUAUAAAAACAAACUAUAGAUUUAAUAAAAAAAGCAAAGUAUACGAAGAAGCAAUUAAAGAAAUAUUAAAUUUUUACUUCGAAGAGGGCUAUUUUUACUAUAAUAAUGUAUUGGAAUACUCAGUGUACGUUGGCGACUUGCUGCAAAAUUAUGCUCUCAAUUUAGCAGCUAAAAAGCUUACCGAGAAAACACAAUCACCAAUAUAUUACUACAUGUUUGACUUUAGGGGACGGUUGAAUGAAAACAGUGAAUAUAUAUCGAAAUAUACGAGAUAUGGUUUAAAACAUUGGGGAGCGACGGUGACAGACGAAUUAUGUUACUUACAUUUGUGCAGUCGAAUCAAACAAACUUACAAGGACCUCAUAAAUCUAGUGAGUGAACAACCUGAAAUUAAAGUAUUGAAAAAAGUGGUGCGACUAUGGGCUAACUUCGCGAAAACGAGAAAUCCUACUCCAUUGGUAGAAGAUGACAUUCUGAAAGAUUUCAAAUGGCUGCCAAUAAAUAAGGAAAGCAAUGAAACUAACUAUGUUCAUAUAACGAAGACCUUGAAAAUGAAAGUGAAUCCAUUAGGUGAAAGAGAAAAGUUUUGGGACAAUUUCUUGGCAAAGUAUUCUGAACUAGCAAUCGAUGGGGUAGUGCAGGAUUCAAAGAUACAUGACGAGUUAUAGUUAAUAAAUUAUUGAAAUUA